AUGGGACCCCAGAACUUGAUGAUCAACAAAUCAACGGCCAAGAUUCUCCUCCAUCUCCUCCUCCUCCAUCUCCUCCACCAAAUUACCACCGCUACACUCACCGACCAAGAACUUGACUUUGCCCUCUCAUCACUCCGAUCAUACGGCUACACGCUUUUCCCCAACGCCAUCUCCACAUCCGAUCUCCGCCUCCAACUCCUCAACCAAUCAAGUAAUGCCACGUCAACUUCAACCUUCACUCUCUUCUGUCCGCCUGACUCCCUUCUCUUCUCUGUUGACCUCGCCUCCACUGCUCCUCACUAUACGAAAUCCCUCUUCCUCCACGUGUCUCCCUCUCGCCUCUCCAUGUCAGGCUUGAGAAACCUAACCGCCGCCUCUGGUGGUACCUACAUUGAUUCAUUGGUGCCGAACCACCGUCUCUUGAUUGCUAACUCUCUGGCUCAGCUAAACGCUACCGUUGAUGGGUCCAUAUUGGUCAAUCGGGUUCGGGUUUCAGUUCCGGAUCUUUUUCUGGGGUCUGACAUUGCUGUUCAUGGACUGGACGGGAUUCUUGUUGCUGGAUUCGAGGACAAAGUCGAAGACACGUCGUUUGAGGCUGCGACGUGGUCUCCUGCGAACGCGAUUGGGUCUGCGGAGCGGAAUUCUCCGCUGGCUGGCAGGUUUCCAGCGAGGAGGAGGAAAGGAAGGAACCAUAGGCAGAACGGGAGGAACGGUGGCAUUAGAAGGAAUAAUCACCGAGGGCGGAGAAUUAACGGUGGCCGUCAUCAUCGUGGUGGUAGAAAUGUCAGCGGCGGCACUCGUGGUGAUGGUGUUACUCCUGGUGCAUUUGCAAUGUAUAACCAUCGACUUUAG